AUUUGAAUUCUAUUUCUCUGAGUGCAUGGCUUUGAUUUGACAUGUUCUGCUCAGUGUAGGCCUACUUGAGCAACACUGUUGAGUAAUAGGGGGAAGUAAGUCUCUCAUCCCAGGAGGAUGACUGAGGCAUUCUUCGAGAGGUGCAGGGACAGAGUCUUUGCUACCAAUCAAGUCCUUACUGAGAAGAUCUUGAAAAACCCUUCCUACCCUUUUGUUAAAUUGAACAAUGUAUUCGUGUAUGAAUAUUUUCAUGAGAACUUGGUGAAAGGAGCAUUGCUGCUGCUGGCAUCUGCUUCCACCAUGCUGAUAUCCGUUUACAAGCCGUCCUCCAACACCUCGUACAGCAACUUCCUGGUGUUCGGCUUUGGGAUGGCUGUUUGUCUCCUGUGGUCGGGGGCUUUCCGCAGACGUCUGGUCAUCGACUACGAGAACGAAGAGUACCGUUUCUACAAGUACACACACCUGUGCCACAGGGGGCCCCUCAACCAGAUCUACAUCCGCCUCGUUGCACAGAAGGCUGGUUCAAAACAAAUGUUCCGUCUCAUCCUGAAUGGAAACAAGAUCGAGCCUCGUACACUCUGUGGCUUCUCUGAGAAAUACAUGCUACUUGAGUGCCAGGGCAGGACCAUUGCAUCCACUUUAAAGGUGAACUACUUUGACUUCCAAGACACCUCCCAGCGGCACUGUGUUAUUCACCGACCAACAAAACACUAAAUGCAUUUAUUAAAAGCUAGUCUUGCAAGCUCUGUAAUA